UAGCCACCCGUUGCCUUGACAACUUUGCAUGUUUGGCAUUCUCUCAACCAACUUCAUGAGGAAUGUUUUUAACAGUCUUGAAGGAGUUGGCACUUUUCCUUCAAUCUGGUCCAACUCAUCCCAAACCAUCUAAAUUGGUUGAGGUCGGGUGAUCUGAUACUCCACUCUCCUUGGUGAAAUAGCCCUUACACAACCUGGAAGUGUGUGUUGGGUAAUUGUCCUGUUGAAAAACACAGUCCCACUAAGCCAAAACCAGAUGGGAUAUCGCUGCAGAAUGCUGUGGUAGCCAUGCUGGUUAGGUGUGCCUUGAAUUCGAAAUAAAUCAAUGUCACAGGCCAAGCACCAUGUUUCGUGGAGAUAAAUCUUCACCUACUCAUCUGGCAAAGAUGGUUGGAACCAAAAAUCUCAUGUGGACUCGUCAGACCAAAGGACACAUUUCCACCGGUCUAAUAUCCAUUGCAUGUUUCUGGCCCAAGAAAGUCUUGGUGUCCUUUAGUAGUGAUAUCUUUGCAGGAAUUUGACCAUGAAGGCUUGAUUCUCGCAGUCUCCGAACAGUUGAUGUGUCUAUAACAAACUGAGCAUUUAUUUGGGUUGCAAUCUGAGGUGCAGUUAAGUCUAAUGAACUUAUUCUCUGCAGCGGAGGUAACUGGGUCUUCCUUUCCUGUGGCAGUCCACAUGAGAACCUGUUUCAUCAUAGCGCUUUUGCAACUGUACUUGAACAAACGUUCAAAGUUCUUAUUUUUUGGGAUUGAAUGACCACGUUUUAAGUAAUGAUGGAAUGUCAUUUCUCUUUGCUUAUUUGAGAUGCUCUUGCCAUAAUAUGGAUUUAGCCCUAUUUGGUCAAAUACCAUCUUCUGUAUACCACCCCUACCUUGUCACAACACAACUGGAUUAGCUCAAACACAUUAAGAAGGAAAGAAAUUACACAAAUGAACUUUUAACAAGGUACACCUGUUAAUUGUAAUGCAUUCCAGGAUACUACCUCAUAAAGCUGGUUGAGAGAAUGCCAAGCGUGUGCAAAGUUGUCAUCAAAGCAAAGAGUGGCUGCUUUGAAGAAUCUCAAAUAUAAAUCCUAUUUUGAUUUGAAACUUUUUUGGUUACUACAUGAUUCCAUGUGUUAUUUCAUAGUUUUGAUGUCUUCACUAUCUUCACUACAAAGUAGACAAUAGUCAAAGAAAGAAAACCCUUACAUGAGUAGGCAUGUCCAAACUUUCGACUGGUACUGUAUAUUCUUAUGCGCAACGUGGAGUGCCUGGACAUAGCCCUUAGCUGUGGUAUAUUGACCAUAUACCACAAACCCCCGAGGUGCCUUCUUAUUGCUAUUUUAAACUGGUUACCAACGUAAUUCGAGCAGUGCAAAUACAUGUUUUGGCAUACGAGUGGUAUACUGUCUGAUAUACCAUCGACUGUCAGCCAAUCAGCAUUCAGGGCUCGAACCACCCAGUUUAUAAAUGACCAUUAAUAUAUUACCAUAAGUAUGUAUAUAUUCCUGCUACCAGUCACUUUUCAGCCUGGUUUACAUGUAUAUUCCACUACCAGUCACUUUUUAUUUAUAAAUCCACCUCAACCGCUCCAGUACCCCAUAACAUUUAUUUAGUAAGGUACUGGCAGUAACCUGUAUGUACUUGCAUUCUCGUGUUUCUAGCUCACAUUGUAGUUUUUGUGUGGUUGACAUUUUUUAUAUUGUUGGGAAAGAGCUAUCAAGGUACAGUUUUACACCUGCUUUGUUCUGUGCACGUGGCGAAUAAACGUUGAAACUUGAAAAUAAUAAUGUUCUUUACCCCAAAUGUAAAAUUAAUUCGAGAACCGGAAUACAAGACUAGUUCCUUCCACUGAGGGACGAUAGUGAGUCGUUUUCGACGCAUAUCCUGCGAUAAGACACCACUGAGAAAGAAGAGUCAAAACCAUUUUUUUUUUUACAGUCUAUGGUGUAAACAGAAGGAUAUGGCCGACGAGAGGGGUGCAGGCGACAACAAUAUCAACGACAACAUGGGCAACCAACUACAGCUCUUACCCGAAAAUGAAGAGGAAGAGGAGAAUGAGAUGGAGACUGAGGACCGUGACAGUGAGGAUGCAGAAAAACCAAACAUAAACUUUGACCCCAGUCUUCCAACUUCACAUGCUUACCUGGGCUCAGACAUGGAGGAGUUUCAUGGGCGCACAGUGCACGAUGACGACAGCUGCCAGACCAUCCCAGUGCUGCCGUUCACAGCUGUCAUGCUGAUCCCAGGACAGACCCUGCCGCUGCAGCUCUUCAGACCGCAGGAGGUCAGCAUGAUGCGAAGCAUUAUCCAGAGAGACCGCACCUUUGCUGUUCUUGCACACAGUGAAACAGGCGAGGUGCAGGCAGAGUUUGGGACGACGGCUGAGAUCUAUGCUUACCGGGAGGAGCAGGAGUACGGCAUUGAGACAGUCAAAGUGAAGGCAGUCGGGCGGCAGCGGUUCAAGGUCCAUGAGAUCAGAACGCAAGCAGAUGGAAUCAGACAGGCUAAGGUGCAGAUCCUCCCUGAGCGGAUCCUUCCAGACCCCCUGACUGCAGUGCAGCUCACGCCCCUGUCCCGCCUCCACAUGCACCCCUCCUCCAGACCCCCUGCCCAGAGCUGCAAACAGGCCCAGCGCUGGUGGGCCACCUACCGCCAGAGGAAGUUCCACUGUGCCAACAUGACCUCGUGGCCUCCCUGGGUCUACGCCCUCUAUGACUCUGAGACUCUGAUGAAGAGAGUGAAGAGACAGCUCCAUGAGUGGGACGAGAACCUCAAGGAUGAUUCCCUCCCCACAAACGCUAUAGAUUUCUCCUAUAGAGUGGCUGCCUGUCUGCCCAUAGAUGAUGCCCUUCGGCUCCAGCUGCUGAAGAUUGGCAGUGCCAUCCAGAGGCUGCGCUGUGAGCUGGACAUCAUGGCCCGGUGCACCUCGCUGUGUUGCAAGCAGUGCCAAGAUACAGAGAUCACCACCAAGAACGAGAUCUUCAGCCUGUCUCUGUACGGCCCCAUGGCAGCCUACGUCAACCCCCACGGCUACGUCCAUGAGACCCUGACCGUCUACAAAGCCAGCAACCUCAACCUGGUCGGUAGGCCGUCCACGCUCCAUAGCUGGUUUCCAGGGUAUGCCUGGACGAUUGCUCAGUGUCGUACCUGUGCUUCACACAUGGGAUGGAAGUUCACAGCCACCAAGAAAGACUUGUCCCCUCCUCGUUUCUGGGGCUUGACCCGCUCGGCCAUGCUGCCCCGCAUCCCCCAGACUGAGGGUGAGGAGGGGGAUGAGGGCUCCCGCCUGCUCUGCCUGUGACAACAUGGGGAACUCCCCUCCCCACCCCCCAUGUCCCCAAUGGCUCUUCGAUCGCCCCACCCUGUCCACUGGGCAAGGGUCUCUAUUUUAGUAAUCGAGGCGUCCCACCCAACCCCCUGACAGCCAUUGCAGCACAUUCAUCAUAUUAGUGUAAAGGUCAUCCUGCUUUAAAAUGGCAUUUUCUAACAUAGAGGGGGGGGCAAGGAGGAGGUGGGAGGGGUGUUUUGUUCCUGACUGCAGGGACACUGCUGAUGGAAUGCGUUGCACAUCGACAGAUAGAUGUGGGGAAUGGAGCAAGAGAUUAGUUCUGCAACACAGCAUAUCUUCCCCAUAGCAUGCUACUCUUGACCUGUCUGUAUGGCUGUCUACUGUGGUCUGUCUAUCCAGCUUCUAUGCUAUUUGCCACAGACACGGCACGCACCAGUGCAUUGCCACUUGCUCUUAAACAUAGUGGGUGUGACUUUGCAUGCGGUAUCCAGCUAGGUGUAUAUAGGCUUAUAGACAGCCAUCAAGAGGACCUUCAGUACCCAUCAUCUAUCUCUAAACAAACCAAUCAAUAGAAAGCCACUUGUGAUUCAGGUCCACUGUUUGUCCUUGAUGUGUUUCUCAGAGAAGCUCAGUUCAGCUGGAUCGGUCAUAGAGAGUUAAACCAUGUCAAAUCCACGGUUUAGACGGUGUACGUACAUAUGAAAGUAUACUGCUUUUACAAGGAUGUAUCAUGCCUUUGUUUCAUAUGCCCGUUGAAUGCAUAUGAUGGAGGAAUUCGGAACAUGAACAAUGUAAGGAAGCUAUUGCUUUAUUUUGAAAUGCGUGGAAAUAUAUUAUUUGAUUGGUUUUCAUAUUUUCACAUUGUCUAAAAUGUACACUAUAUGUAAUACACAUGUAGAGAUAGAGGUUUCUAUUUUGAAACAGGUGGAGGCCCAUUGAACUGCAAGACACUUUUCCUCUGAAGACAAGGAGUACCUCUGGUUAGUGAAGACUAGAGUUGGUUUGAUGCCUGGUGUACUAUAGACUUGGACAGCAGGGCACAAGGCAGUGGAGCCAGAGAUACUAGAAUUUCAGUCUUUCGCCAUGGUUCUAUAUGUGAUGUUGCUGCACUAAGGGCAUGGCUGGAUGGCGUGCCUAUGGUCCAAAUCAAUGUCUAAUGAGCCACACAAUUAAAUGGGACAUUGUGUUAAUUAACCUGUAUUGGUUAAAAAUGGCAACAUUAUAUCAAGUGUUACCUACAUAACUAUAUUUUUGUUUAGAUCAAUGUAUUUGUUUUAAAUUAAGAAUUGUAUUCCUUGCUGAUGUACAAGGUUAUUUUGGCUCAUGUUUGUAAGUAACCAAUAAGAAUCAAUGUAGCAAUUCUGGUCUGAUAUAGCUGAUUUAUCUAUGUAGAACCUCAACACUCUUGCCCCUCCCAUUGCCGUGUAUUUCCAUUUUAGAACAUGUAAUACAUGAUUGAUUUGUUCAGCUCGAUUAUCAACAUUUGAGUAAAGUAAUUCCACGCAAUAAGAAAUGUUCUACAAUACGA